AUGGCAACCAUCACCUGCAACCGGUUCACAGAAGAAUAUCAGCUCUUUGAAGAGCUGGGAAAAGGAGCUUUCUCAAUUGUCAGGAGGUGUGUGAAGGUGUUAUCGGGACAAGAGUAUGCUGCCAAGAUAAUAAACACCAAGAAACUCUCAGCUCGAGAUCACCAGAAGCUGGAACGUGAGGCUCGGAUCUGCCGUCUCCUGAAGCACCCAAAUAUAGUGAGACUCCAUGAUAGCAUAUCAGAAGAGGCACACCACUAUCUGAUAUUUGACCUGGUCACAGGUGGGGAGCUGUUUGAGGAUAUUGUAGCCAGAGAAUACUACAGUGAAGCAGAUGCCAGCCACUGCAUCCAGCAAAUCCUGGAAGCUGUUUUACAUUGCCAUCAGAUGGGUGUAGUGCAUCGGGACUUAAAGCCGGAGAACCUUCUACUGGCAUCCAAACUGAAGGGAGCUGCUGUUAAAUUGGCUGACUUUGGACUUGCCAUUGAAGUGGAAGGAGAGCAACAGGCUUGGUUUGGUUUUGCUGGCACUCCAGGUUACCUUUCCCCAGAAGUCCUCCGAAAAGACCCUUAUGGCAAAGCUGUGGACUUGUGGGCAUGUGGAGUUAUUCUCUAUAUUCUGCUGGUUGGCUAUCCACCUUUCUGGGAUGAAGAUCAACACAGACUAUACCAGCAGAUCAAAGCUGGAGCCUAUGACUUUCCUUCCCCUGAGUGGGACACUGUCACUCCUGAAGCAAAAGAUCUCAUCAAUAAAAUGUUGACAAUCAACCCAUCCAAACGUAUCACAGCAGCAGAAGCUCUAAAGCAUCCCUGGAUAUCACACCGUUCCACCGUGGCUUCAUGUAUGCACAGACAGGAGACCGUGGAUUGCCUGAAGAAGUUCAAUGCCAGAAGGAAGCUAAAGGGUGCGAUCCUCACUACCAUGCUAGCAACCCGCAAUUUUUCCGGAGGGAAAAGUGGUGGCAACAAGAAGAAUGAUGGUGUGAAGAAAAGAAAGUCCAGUUCCAGCGUUCAGUUAAUGGAAUCAUCAGAGAGCACAAACACUACCAUUGAAGAUGAAGACACCAAAGUACGAAAACAGGAAAUCAUUAAGGUGACGGAGCAGCUGAUUGAAGCGAUAAGCAAUGGGGAUUUUGAGUCCUACACAAAGAUGUGUGAUCCUGGGAUGACUGCUUUUGAACCAGAGGCUCUAGGGAACCUGGUGGAAGGGCUGGAGUUCCAUCGCUUUUACUUUGAGAACUUGUGGUCCAGAAACAGCAAACCGGUGCACACUACCAUCCUAAACCCGCAUAUUCACUUAAUGGGAGAUGAGUCUGCCUGCAUUGCUUAUAUCCGCAUCACACAGUAUGUUGACACAAGUGGAAUCCCUCGCACUGCACAGUCUGAGGAAACUCGUAUCUGGCACCGUCGGGAUGGCAAAUGGCAAAUUGUUCACUUCCACAGAUCAGGAGCACCGUCUGUUUUACCACACUGAAGCAUUGGCCACUCAGGCCAAGUUUCUCACUGCCUCACUACCAAGGGAAGACCCCUGCUAUCAUUUACCUAGAGAACUUGGCUGCUGUCUCUACUGCUUGGUUCUUGCUGGAAUCCCUUUCACACAGAGUUCCUCAUGAAUAAUCCAAUGAGAAUUUUAUGGACUUUUCUCUUUCUAUUCCCACGCUCUGUGUUUGCCGCUUUGUGCCAGUCUAGUACAAUAGGGCAUCUGCCAGGCCCACAACUGCAUGAAACAGCUUUCUGUGUAAAAGAAGAAACCCUGAGGGUAUAACCUUCCACCAAUACUGACCCUGGACCUCAUGGAUCCACAUUCAUUAAAUAUUGUCACAAUUAACUGUGAUUCUCACAGGGACAGAUUUGACUUGUAUUUCAGUCUCAUCAUUUCCAGUAAGUCUUUAGGGAAGUUACAGAAAGGGGAGCAUGCAGGGA